CCAUAAACAAUGGUGUACGAACCAGUACGCCGUGUGAAGGAGUGAAUCGAAGAGCGCGGUGGUCGCCGGCGAAGACGUAUGCUCGUCGAAGAAACUUCUCCAACCUUAAAUUCUCUGAAGUUAGUGAACUUCUAAAGGGGUAAGAGGUGAGCAAGUUAUCAAUGGAAAGUGAUAAAGAAGAGCCAAUGGUGUUCUUGGACCGUACAACAAGAGCAACACGGGGUAAACGGAUGACCAAGUUGCUUGAUGACGAAGUAGAAGAAGAUGAACAGUUUUGGAAUCAAGAAGCUCUUAAAGAGGAAGAACAUGAUGAUGAAUAUGAAGCAGAACGUGAAGUUGCUGAUGAGUUUGACAGCGACUUCAAUGACGAUGAGCCUGAGCCUGAUGCAGUAGCCCAAAAUGAAAAAGAAGAGAGGGAUCUGCCAAAGAAGCGGCUGAUUUACCCUGGGAAAAUUGCUUCAAAGAAAAAGAAGAAGAAGACGAAGGUAGUUUCGAAACUACAAGAUAUUCCUGGAGAUGAGAAGCCAGGUGAAGAAUUGGGAAGUAAGGAACAAGACGAAAAAGAAGAGAAUGAAGCACAAGAAGAUAUGGAAGGUGAGAAGGUCAUUAGGAAAUCAACACGGACUUCAGUGGUUGUACGGCAAGCAGAAAGAGAUGCAUUGCGUGCUGCUAUACAAGCAACUACAAAGCCAAUACAAAGGAAAAAAGUAGGGGAGGAAAAACGGAUGACCCAAGAAGAAAUGCUGCUGGAAGCUGCUCAAACAGAAAUCAUGAACUUGAGGAAUUUAGAACGUGUCUUGGCAAGGGAAGAAGAAGUAAAAAAGAAAGCGAUUGUGCAUAAAGCAGUCUACAAGGGUCCUCAGAUUCGGUAUCAUUCAAAAGAUGGAUGCAACUAUUUAGAAUUCUGUAAUGGUGCGUCGUUCAAUUCAGAGUUGUCGACGAAGUCUGUUCCCUAUCCAGAAAAAGCUCUAUGUGUGAUUACAGGAUUACCUGCCAAGUACCGGGAUCCAAAAACUGGUCUUCCUUAUGCAACUAGAGACGCCUUCAAAGCAAUACGCGAAAGGUUCAUGGACGAACAUGAUGGUUUGAGAAAGAAAAUGGAGAUGGGAGAUUUGUUUGAUACGCUAAUUGCGAAAGGUUUUACUGUGAAACAAAAGAGAACAAAGAUUCCAAAGAGUAACAAAUCAUUUUCCCUAAGAAGCUCAGCUCGUUUCCUUAGCUCCGAGUCUGAAGAAGAGAGUGAAGAUUCAGAUUAAUAAACACAUCACUGAUUUGAAUCUGCAUCUCACAUGAUUGUGAUACAUGGAUCUUCCCACGACCAGUGUCUGUAUAAAAUCAUCAAAUGGUUUUGGUUCUCAGAGAGAAGAAGCGAGAAGAACAUUCAUAGAGGAAGUUUUCAUGAUCAGAGCUUGAAAUGGAAACAACAACACUCUAAUCAGAGAUUGAAUCCUCCCAACCCAAACCUCUGACACCAUCACAGAAUCAGAGAGAAAGUGUAAUCUUCUGUAUAUUGCUGAGUGCUGACCUUGUAAAGAUGAUAUUUGGUUGAUUUUAGUUCACAUUUAACCGAACCGAAACUUUUAAUUUA